AUGUUGACUGCAUUCAUUUUCCCGUUCACUAAAAUCACAAUCAACGAACGUUGCGAAACUUGCCCGGGAAUAUGCGUCAGUCCGACAUCCGGCGGGGAAGACGCUGACGCGACGGGCGGUCCGUCGUCACCGCCUCCGCCCAAUCCGCCGCCCAACUCCACGUCGCUCCUCCCAUCGCCCACGCCGUCGUCGGUCGAUUUGGGCCUGCGGAAGACGAUUUCAGGAGGAUCCAACACGUCCGGAAUGGGAUCGGCCAGCGCCGGACUCCUCAAACGGGAGAGUUGCAGCAACUUGCCGCUGCCGAUGAAUUUGAUCAGUGCCAAAAACGAGCAGAAGGCCGUCGUGGCGGCGCUGGCCAACACUUUGCCCAUCAAUCAGCAACUGCCCAUGAAAUUGGCCAAGUUGGGAGCCGCUCUGGGAUCGGCCGGGCACGCCACCGGCGGCAAUAGCAAUAGCGGCGGCAGCAACAAUUCCAGUCACGGCAGUCCGCACGGCAACGUGGCCUCACCCACCGGCGGAGGCCUCGUCCAGCAGCUGCUGCCCCUUCGUCUCUCUGAGAGUUUGGAGCACAAACGGGCCAGUCCCAAGGUUCCGUCGACGGAUCCUUUCAAACCCAAACUCAGUUCGAGCAGUUUCAGCCCACCGGCCAGCAAGAGCGAAGACUUUGUUGUCGCCGGCCACAGCCGGACGGGCAGCAGUCCGGCGUCCAUUCAGAUGCUCAGCCCCAGACACCACCACUACCACCACACAACCACCGCCACAACAACAACUUCAACUGCCAGCGCCGGUGGCAACAUGCAUCCGCCAAAAGUUCCCGACAAGCCGGCCUCGCUCUUGCUGCAGCAAGCGGCCAGGGGCUCGCCGCAAUUGCCUCCGCCGCCAGGCCAUCACCAACAUCACCAAGCCCAGCCUCCGCCCAAAGUUCACGAUCCGGAGGCUAACCAAGAAAUUGUUUUCCUAUAA